AUGGAGAGCGAGGCUCUGGCGGCGGCCGCGGCAUUCCCGCUGACUCCACCGCGGCAAUACUUAAUCAUUAACAACAUCCAGAAGCGCAAGAACAUCCGCGACAUGCUCCUUAGCGCAGCCGCAUUUGGUGUCGUGGAAGUUCUUGUCGUCGGACAGAAACUGCUGAGCUUCGACCAAGCCAUGAACAUCGAAGACGUCCUGCCCAAUUUUCAGUUUCCGUUCCGCAUUACGCGAUUUGCGACGCUGGGCGAGUGCCGCGCCCAUCUCGUGGCUGUUGAACCGACCGUGACGAUCUUGGGGAUCGAGAUCCUGCACAACGCCAAGAGCGUGAACGACCCCGACGUGUUUGCCGGUCCCACGGCCGUUAUGGCAGGAAACGAAGGCAGCGGGCUGAGCGACGCACAGCUUGCGAUUUGCGAUCGAUUCGUGUACAUUCCGCAAUACGGCGGCGGCACCGCGUCACUCAACGUGACGGUGGCCACGCGCCUGGCGAUUGCACCAAGCAGCCACCUCAACGUUGGUCUCACCCGCGGCCGGCGCCGUUGCCCGCAGGCCAGUGUCCAGCUUUCGUCCGCCAUGCCAGCGCCAUCUUCGUCGACGCGCCAUCGCUGGAGCUUUAACUUUGAGGUCGAGCAGGAUUUCCAACCCGGACCAUCGUGGGCAUUCCCUGGGCCAGGCCGAUCGCAAAACUUGCACAUGCCCGCGACCGAGGUCGCGGCGAUCGAGACAGAACUCGAAAAGGCCUGCCCCCACGCGCUUGGCGAAUGGACGAGCACGGCGAUCACCGGCAACGACGUGCUGUCGUCGUGCUUGUACUCGUCUGGGAUUGUCGCGUCCAAGGCGGGAAAGCUCGCGCCGGUCGCCAACAUCCUUGUCGCAGCGACCAUGUACCUGUUUCGAUUCAUUUACAUCGAAGUCGUGAGUGCGAUUCCCCUCAACGGCGGGUCGUACAACACGAUGCUCAACACAACGUCCAAGCGAUGGGCAGCGUUCGUGUCGGCGCUCGCGAUCAUUGCCUACUUGGCCACGGGGGUUGUGUCGGCCGUGUCGGCGUCCGACUACCUCCAAAAGGAAGUGCCUGGGCUCGACACGAUCUGGUCCGCGACCGGCAUCCUCACCGUGUUUGCCAUCCUCAACGUGUGCGGGCUCAACGACAGCGCGGUCGUCGCGCUCAUCAUUUUCGCAGUGCACACGUUGACGCUGAUCGGGCUCGUUCUCGCGUCCGUUGUGUACGCGGUGCAGCACCCGCACAUCUUUUGGAGCAACAUGGGCACGCCGUUUCCGUCGCUCGAUGUUGAAGGCCACGACCUGCCCGGGAAUGCCGCGACCGCGCUCUUCUUUGGCUUUAGCUCGGCCAUGCUCGGGGUCACCGGGUUCGAGACCGCGGCCAACUUUGUCGAGGAGCAAGCGCCCGGCACGUUUCGCAAAAUCCUGCGGAAUAUUUGGUACCUCUCGUCGUUUUUCAACUUGACGCUGUCCGUGCUCAACCUGUGCGUCCUGCCGCUGCACGUGACGACGGCCAACAGCAACGUCGUGCUCGCCAUGAUGGCGUCGACGACCGUCGGCCGCUGGUUUGAGCUCUGGCUCAGCAUCGACGGGUUCAUCGUGCUGUCCGGGUCCGUCUUGACUUCGUACGUCGGGAUCACGGGGCUGGCGAAGCGACUCGCCAAAGACCGCGUGCUCCCCGAGUUUUUCUUGGUCGAAAACGCAUGGCGCCACACGAGCCACUACAUCAUCCUCGCCUACUUUGUCGUGGCCACGAGCCUCGUGUGGAUUCUCGAAGGCAACGUCGUCAUGCUCAGCAGCGUGUACUCGUACGCGUUUCUCGGAUUGCUCGUGCUCUUUGCCGUCAGCGCGAUGCUGUUCAAACUGAAGCGGAGCCAAAUGCCGCGCGAAACGACCGCGCCGUGGUCGGCGUGCAUCGUCGGGCUCUUCAUGAGCUGCAUGGGCUUUUGGGGCAUCCUCAUGGGCGACCCCAAAGUCUCGGUUGUGUUUGCAACGUACCUGUUGACCGUGUCCGGGCUCAUCCUGCUCAUGCUCGAGCGGCUCUUCGUCCUGCGCAUGAUCAUGGUCGUGCUCAAAACCAUCAGUCCGUCGCCAGCCAGCGACAAGAUGCGGCUGCCACUGCUGCAAUCGCCCAGCGAAGUGCUCGGCGGACCCGCCAUCGUCAAGGCCAUCAAGACCAUCAACGAACCGCCGAUCGUGUUCUUUUGCAAACAUCCCGACCUCCAAGUUCUCAACAAAGCUGUCUUGUACGUGCGGCGCAACGAACACACCGACAACCUCCGCAUCGUCCACGUGUACUCCCGCGGCGGCGCGCCGCCCGCCGCAUUCCACGACAUGGUCGCCGUGCUCGACUGCAUGUACCCCAAGCUGCGGAUUGAUUCGGUGGUGGUCGAGGGCGAGUUUUCCCCCAGCACUGUGCACUGGCUGUCCCACGCGCUCAACAUCCCGACCAACAUGAUGUUUAUUCGCCAACCCGACAACAUGGACGCGCACAAGGUGUCCAUGCUUGGGGUGCGCGUCAUCACAGGCUAGCGAUGUUAGCCAGACAACGGACCGUACCGAUCGGUGCGGCCAGUGUGAAUCCACAAUCGAUUCCAUCGACAAAUGAGCUACCAUGUUUCCCGCGCGCAACUUGGAUUUUACAGCGCCUUGUGCAAAAACAAUUCGUAUCCGUGGCCCAGCAGCAGCGCAACGUCGCGCUCCACGUCGCGGGCCGUCACC